AUGACCACGCAAGAUACGGUCAAUUGGUUGGCUCAAUAUCAGCUAAUCAAAAAUUCGAUGAAAUGCGAAAACUGCAGCACGGAUUGCCGUCUUCUUUCAGACAAAUCCCGACUCGACAAAUUAAAGUGGAAAUGUAAAACAUGCAAUUUCUCAAAAUCGAUUCGAGAUGGCAGCUUUUUCUCACAUAGUCAUCUUGAAUUGAAGCAAAUUUUGGACUAUAUCUAUUUUUGGGCACUCAACUCAGAAACGAUUAUCUGCAGCAAAGAAUCUCGAUCAGACUUUAAAAAAACAUCAAUUGAUUGGGGAAACUUUUUACGUGAUGUAUGCGUAAAGUGGGUCGAGGACCAUCCUUGUUCUCUCAGUGGAAUUAAUUCAGAAACUAUGUUGCCAAUUGUCGUAGAAGUGGAUGAAACAAAAUAUUUUCAUCGAAAAUACGCAAGAGGUACCUGGCACGAAGGGCAUUGGGUUGUUGGUGGAAAAGAGAGGGGCAACCCUAGGAAUAUUUUUCUGGUCGAAGUUCCUGAUCGGAGUCGAGACACGUUAAUAACUAUUAAUUCUCAGUAUCUUUUGUCUUAA